AUGAAGAUUCCUUUGCUGUUUCUGCUGCUUUCUCUCUUCCUCUUGGCUCUGGCCGCCAAGUGGUCGCCGGUGAUAGCCCAAGAUGAACCGGAAGCUGUACUUGACACAAUGGGUCGCCAGCUAUAUUCAACAGCCACGUACUACAUCUUGCCUGCCAACUCUGGUAUGGCUGGUGGGCUGAACUUUGAGAGCACCCAGAAUGGAACAUGCCCAUUUGUUGUCAUCCAAGAUGAAGACCAGGAGUCCGACGGUCUCCCACUCUCCUUCUCACCGGUGAACCCCACGGAGGAGAUCAUCCAUGUGUCCACAGAUCACAACAUCAGGUUUGCCAUCGAGACAAGUCUCCCACAACCAACCGUGUGGAGCCUCGAAGGCUUGGACGAAUCAACCAAUACGUUUUCUGUAGACACAUGUGGGUCUAUAGGAAACCCAGGCCGUGGAACGCUAAGCAACUGGUUCACAAUUGAGAGAUACGACGACAAUUACAAACUUGUUUUCUGCCCUACUGUCUGUGAUUUUUGCAGACCAGUAUGUGGAGAACUGGGCAUUGUUAUCCAGGAUGGAAUCAGACACUUAGCUAUGCGUUCUGGACUCGAACCAUUGGAGAUCAAGUUCAAGAGGGCGUGA